CACGAACCAACUCUAGGCAAUUAUGCAACUUUGUAACAAAAUGAGUCCCUGAUUUGGACCAAAGCAAGACAACUCUAGGUCUGAAAGCACCCUGAGUUGCACUGUAUGAAGCCUGGAUGACAAAGUUGUUGUGUUUUUUGUCUCUAAGCGCAAGAAAGGCGGCGACAUGGAUGAGUUUGUCAACGAUGACUCUGACGAGGACCUGCCACUGAAGAAGAAGAAGAAGAGGAGGCCCGGCAGUGGCAGCGAGCAGGAGGAGAAUGAGGAUGGAGAGAAGAAGCCACGCAAGAAGAGAAGGAAACCCACUAGAGGAGAUGACAGUGAUGACGAAGAAGGAGGAUCACGACCCAAGAAGCAGCGUAAACAAAAAGAGCGCAAGAGGAUUGAAAAGCCGCAGCCUGAGCGUCUGCCUCCGUCUCUGAAAGGAAAGAUCAAGUCUAAGGCUAUCAUCUCCUCCUCUGAGUCCUCUUCAGACGAGGAUGGCCUGAAAAUAGCUGAAGACAGACAUCAAAGAGACAGUGGCUCAGGAUCUGAUGACGAGGGCGACCACAGGAAGCGUAUUGCGUCUGACAGUGAGUCCGAUGGAGGUAGGAACCGCUCUGGCAGUGAGGCCGGCAGCCCUCGGCGCUCCGGCAGCGAGGCAGGCAGCCCGCGACGCUCUGCGGGCUCUGAGGACGAUGAGUCAGGCAGCUACCGUCCAGUGAAGAAGAGGAGGGUGCAGCGGCAGUCCGACUCUGAGCAGUCGGACAAUGAGAGCAAGAGGAGUCAGUCAGGAUCCGACGAUGAGUCCCGGCCUGGUUCCCCUGUCGCAGCGUCCGACCGGGGAUCAGACAGGGGAUCUGAGGUGGGGUCAGACAACGAGGGCUCCCCACGCCGCUCUGACAACGGCUCUGAACGCGAAGCCUCCAACAACGACGACGACAGCGAUUAAAUCCUCCUCACAGACUUGUCCCAUGUUAACGCUGAGAAAACUCUGCACAUCUGUAUUUUUAUUUUCUAUUAAAAGCAGGGAUUUCUGUCUGUACGAUAUUUUGGAAUUAGCCUAGAGAAGUGUAGUUUUUUUGUUGGCACAGCCACUGGUGUAUUCCUCCCGUCUUACUGGAUUUAUCUUUUCACGGAUGCUGUGUUUUGUUAAAGAUGUUUUCUGUAAAGACAGAUCAAAUUGUUUGAAAUGAACUUAACGGUGUAAACAUCUAUUUUCUAUCUCAGAUGGUCAGACCAGACACUGACCCAAAAAUGGGAAGAUUCUUCAACACAAUAUCAAAUAAAAGAAAAUGGAAACAAAGAA